CCGGGAGGAGAGGUGGGACCCGCCUCCAGCUGUGCACGCGGGAGGGAGGGAACCCCACGGAGGAGGAGGAUGGUCACGUGACCGCGGGCGUCCAGGGAUGAAACUUGAACAUGAUUGUGGGCUCAGAAGAAGGAUCCAGUUGAAAAGUUUACCUUAGACCCAAUGUGUGGUGGAAAUUCACCCUCCAAGCGUCUGCUUUUCUCCAGUUUGGAAUGUUUUCCUCCAGAGCAGCCUUGUUUUUGAAAUGAUUUGCGGGCUGCCGGAGGACGCUGGGAGAGGAAGUCUGACCCGCCAAGCCCAUCUGGAAGUGGUUUCAGGGGCCGCAUCACUCGGCCAGCACAACGCCUAGAUUCCCAGCUGCCUGGAACAGGGGUGGAAGAAACCCGAGCUGCUCCAGAGUCUGCGCAAGCAGGGGAGGUGCAGUGGGGGAGGAAGACUGUCUUGGAAACGGAAUAUUGGCCUUGAGGCUCUCCAGCCCUUUGAGAUUUCCAAUGGGAUUGUAGAAGCAGCUGAAGCAGUGUGAAGGGCAGCAUCCCAGGGCCAGCCACGAUUUGAAUGCUCUGCCCUGCAGCUCUUCUGGACGGAGGAGCCCUGCCCUCACCGCUCACCAGGUCACAGUUUUUAUCCACAUGAACACACAUGGCUUUGUUACGAAAAAUUAACCAGGUGUUGCUGUUCCUUCUCAUUGUGACCAUCUGUGGGAUUCUGUAUAAGAAAGUUCACAGGGGGACUGUGCUCAGGAACGAGACAGAUGAUGACUCUGAGACUCCUGAGGAUAUGGAAGAUGAGAUUCCGGUGGUGAUUUGUGCAGCAGCAGGGAGGAUGGGUGCGGCUAUGGCUGCCAUCAACAGCAUCUACAGCAACACUGAUGCCAACAUUUUGUUCUAUGUAGUUGGACUCCGGAACACUCUGUCCAGAAUACGAAAAUGGAUCGAACAUUCUAAACUGAGAGAAAUAAACUUUAAAAUCGUGGAAUUCAACCCUAUGGUCCUCAAAGGAAAGAUCAGACCAGACUCCGCGAGGCCCGAGCUGCUCCAGCCUGUGAGUAGGGAUCGCACACGUCGGGGAUGGUUCUCGCUGAACUUUGUUCGAUUUUAUCUCCCUCUGCUUAUCCAUCAACACGAGAAAGUCAUCUAUUUGGAUGAUGACGUAAUCGUACAAGGGGACAUCCAAGAGCUGUACGACACCACCUUGGCCCUGGGCCACGCGGCAGCUUUCUCAGAUGACUGCGAUUUGCCCUCCUCCCAGGACAUACACAGACUUGUGGGGCUGCAGAACACGUAUAUGGGCUAUCUGGACUACCGGAAGAAGACGAUAAAAGACCUUGGCAUCAGCCCCAGCACUUGCUCUUUCAAUCCUGGUGUGAUUGUUGCCAACAUGACGGAAUGGAAGCACCAGCGUAUCACCAAACAGUUGGAGAAAUGGAUGCAAAAAAAUGUGGAGGAAAAUCUCUACAGCAGCUCCCUGGGAGGAGGGGUGGCCACCUCCCCAAUGCUGAUUGUGUUUCACGGGAAAUACUCCACCAUCAACCCCCUGUGGCACAUAAGGCACCUGGGCUGGAGUCCAGAUACCAGAUAUUCGGAGCAUUUUCUGCAGGAAGCAAAACUACUCCACUGGAAUGGAAGACAUAAACCUUGGGACUUCCCUAGCGUUCACAACGACUUAUGGGAGAGCUGGUUUGUUCCUGACCCUGCAGGGAUAUUUAAACUCCAUCAUCCCAACAGCUGAUAUAACACGACAUUUUAAAUAUUUCCUGUAUAAAUAAUGUGGAAUUGUCCAUUUGUAGCCUACCAUACCACUGUUCUUUAUGAACAGUACCUUUGAUACAAAUGAUCCACAAAAACAAAAAACCCUACU